AUGGACUACAUGCAACAAAAUGCGUUUAGCUUUGCCUCGCAACCUCAGUCACAGUUCAUAUACCCCCAUGUCCAGUACCAAGCCUUCAUGGCCCAUGCUCAACAGCCUGUGGACGACUUUUAUAUGCCCUAUGGUGGAGCGGAGUAUGCCGAUUUCGGGGAUGCAGGGAUGAUGCAGGAUGAUUUUGGAGAGUCCCAGGAGAUCUCUACACGCCCAAGACUCACCAAGGAACAAGCUGAGAUCCUCGAAGCCCAUUUCCAGGCGAAUCACAAACCUAGCUCACAGUUGAAGAGAGAAUUGGCUAUUCAGACAAACUUGAAACUGACUCGGGUUGGGAACUGGUUCCAAAAUCGUCGAGCGAAGGCCAAACAACAGAAAAGGCAAGAAGAAUACGAAGCCCAACAUGCAGCGGUGAAGUCUGGCUCGAAGGAGGGGAAAGAUCUCGUUCUGACCGAAGCCUCCUCGGCGCGGGACAUUAUCUCUCCCAGAUCAUCUGUUGCUUCACCUGUGAAGGAGUCGAGCGCUGUCUCGGUUGCGACAUCAGUUUCCACUGCUCACACAUCACCUUCACCGAUAAAGGUUGUCGACAACCCGAAAGAAGCUAGUUGGAACUCGUUGCAACGGGCGCUGGGGCAGGCCAAAGCAGCACAAAGCCAGCCAAUGGCUCAGCCGCCAGCUGCUGCUAUGUCAUCCCUGGAGAUUCCAGCACAAGCUGCACCUAUGCAGCUCCCCAUUCGACUAAACGACCCACGCACCACUUCAUCGACGUCUAAUAUGCCAACCUGGUCAAAUCGGUCUCCUAGAACCGUCCCAUAUCCCUCUCCGAUCACCUUUCAGGACACGUCCUUCGAUUUUGGCUUCGACAACGACGUAACGGAACAGAAUCUGGUUCACGACCCAAACCCCAUUGAUCAAGUGGCCGACUAUGGGCAAGAUUCUUUUGUAGUAACACCCGAAGAUUUCCGCGAGUCCCUUGCUACGCCGAAAGGCAUGCACAGUCACCAGAGUCCUGUGACGGCACUGCCCUCCCCAGGUUUGACUAUGCCUUCAUAUCCUGGCUCGCGGCGUCCAUCAACCACGGAGGAUCUCUCGAACAACUUUAGUCACUUUGCUCUUGCAAAUGAUGCCCCCGGCCUGCUGGCAGACCAGCGGGUGUCAGAAGCGAUCUGUCCUCCGCAAAGUGGGCCUCUCGACAUCGCCGCGCGAAGAAAGAGACCCCGGCCAGCAGCACUGACAUCGGCCUCCCUUCGAAGCCGGUCCUACGGAGCGAUGACAUCGGCAUCCCCGACAUUUCGCCAGAGUGUCAUGAGCCCUCAAGGAACACAUAGCGUUCGACAUGUCAAGUCGGCCGGUCAAAGCCUUCACUCAAGAUAUGCAGGAAUCCGAAAAGCCAGUUCGGCUCAACGGUCGCCCAUGUGUGCUGCAACGUUUGCCGAAGCUGAGGCUUUCAACCAAUUGAUGGCUCAGCAAACAAUGGGAACACCAUCUCUAGGAGACUUGUCAGAACCGUUGUUGUCGCCUGACCACGUCUCGACUGGUUACGGGAUGGAUCCGGAGAAGAACCCGUUCUUUGCACAAGCCAUGGACAUGCCCAGCCAAUAUUCCAUGCGGCCGCCUCAAACUCUUUCGAUUGCAACAGCAUCACCUCCAGUGACACCAAUGAUGGCAGCUUUCAUGAACAGAGCCCAAUCGCAGCAGUCUCUCAUUCCCCCGACCUCUGCUCCUCCGCAAUACGCGGCAUUCACGGACUACACACCUCCUUACUCAGCUGGACCACUCACCAACAGCAGUUGGUCGGAUGCCCCAUUGACAUCGCCAGAAGUGUCGUCAUUCUCCGUGUCGCAAAUUGCUUCGAUCGGGUUUCCACAUCAAUGUGAUGGACUCAAUGGCCAGUUUCAACAAUUUGUCCUGCCAUCGGACAACAAGUCUGAAGUUGACUAUGCGUCCCACGUUGAACAGAAGAAAACGGAGUUCUAUAUUCAAGAGUUUCCAAAUCAAAGAGAGGAACAUGCACAUGUUGCUCAACAGCUGGCUCAACAGAAGCCCAAAAACUAUGUGUUUGCGAACACAGCUCCUCAGGAUUACACCGGCACCUAG